AUGGCGCCGAGUCUCGCGCCGUUGCCCGCGGAGGCCUGCCUCGAGGGGGCCUCGCCCUGGCUGUCUCCUGCGGCUUCCUGGGCUUCCUCCUCGCCGCUCUCUGCGGCUCCGUCGCCGACAGGGCCCGCGGCACCGUCUCGGCUGCCAGUCGCCGCUUCGCUGUCUUCCGCCUCCGUUUUCUCUUCCUCCUCUGUGUCCUCCGCCGACGCGCAGCCCCCGGUCAACGCGCGCAUCGUCUUCUCCCUCACCGAAGACGCCCACGUGCUGGAGGAGACGCCGGAGAGCCACGGCGCGCGCGAGCAGACCGCCGAGGAGGGCGCGGGAGGCGGCGACGCGCGCCGCGCCCAACGCACCGCUGGCGCGGAGCGGCUGGGCUGUGGAGAGUUAAGAGCCGAGGGCGCGCAGGGCCGCCAAGGGGGCCGCGCGCAGCGGAGGGAGCGAGAGGAGGCCGAAGAGAGUCAGCCGUCGGCGAGUCGAGUGUUGCUCGGGAGAGGCCGCGAGCUGCUUGGCGCCGACGACGCCGGCGAGGCCUGUGGCGCGAAACGGAGAGUGGCUGUCCUCUGCAAGCGACUGGAUGACGGCGACAGCGACGCGGACGAUGCGGGCGAGGCGCCGAGCGACGCCGCCCACCACGGCGUGUACGUCGAGCCCAUCGCCUUCUGCAGAGACACCGCAAGCAUCAACGACAUCCGCCUGCUGCUCAUGAGGGCGCAAACCGACCCCGUAGUCGCCCAGACCGUCGUCUACAACCUCAAGGCACGGGAGAGCAUCAUCGAGCAAGUCAUGAGUCAGCUGUCAGCUCUGCUGGAGCGGACGAUGGAGGCGGAGCGAGAGAGGGACGCGCUUCUCCGCAAAAGCGACUACCUGCGCGCCAACGCCUACCUCGCUUCCGCUUCCCCUCCCGCGCCCGAGGGCGACGAGCUCGAGGAGGCCAACGACGGCGAAGAAUCCAGCAGGGAACGAGGCACGCCUCUGUCGCGCGCGAGCGAAGCCAGACAAAAUGAGGAAGAUUCUCCGCUUUCCACGGCUGAGCGGGCGGCCUCGUCGGGCGGGGCUGCUGCCGCAGGAGGCGCCGCCCCUGCCUCGAGCCCCCGGAGCGAGAAGAACGCGCGCGACGCCGCGAAAGAAGAAGCGAGCGAAAGAGACGCCGCAGACGCGAAGGACGGAGAGAGCGCGCAGAGAGGCGAAGAAGGCGAGCCGAGCUGCGCAGCUGCGCCGCCGCAAGAGAAGGAGGCAGACUUGCGCGACGAAGAACUCCAAGCCAGCGCGCAGACUGCGCGCGUCUCGUUCGCUGAGUGGGAGAGAACACUGCAUACUCAUAAGGAGAAAGUCGAGCGCCUCACGCAGCUGAUGCAGCACAUUCAGGCACUCCUCAGCGGGGAGAGACUGGAGGGCGGAUCGCAAGCGGCGGAAGACGCUUGCAAGAUUGGAGAAGACACGAAUGCGAAAGCUGUUCGCGCAGACAUCCUCGAGGUGUUGAGGGCUUCGUGUGACGCGCACCGAGCGGCGCUGAACGACCUCGUCAGCGCCGCAGACCGAAUUCGGCUCAAGACGCGCGGGUGUCGCGCCGGCCGCAACAAGCGGCUGCCUUCCUCUGCGUUUGGCGCGCGUCUCGGGUUUCCCUCCGUCGCCGCUCCAGGCGCGUGUGCGUUCCCCUGCUUUUCGGCACACGUCGCGUUUCCGCUCACCGCCUCGGGUUUCUCGUUGUCGCCUUCUCUCUGCGGGCGUCCGCCGCACCCGGGCAACGGCGAGAGCGAGGAGUCUCUGCGGGGCUGCGCAGCCGCACCUGACUGCCUCGCCGCGCGAGAAGGAGCCGGCGUCGAAGCCUUUCGCGCCGACAGCGAGCAGCCUAGCCGCACCAACUCCUCGUUCUCGGCGGCAUCGCUGAAGGACAGCGCACACGCCGGAGAGGACGCGCGCGGACCUCAACCCCGGGCGUGCGACGGCGAAGAAAAAGAGACACAUCAGAGUACUGGGCAGUGUGGAGGCACGCCCGCAGGCAGAGACGACGCCGGGCUGUCGCCGCAGCCGCAGGCGGCGUUCCUGCUCGAGAUUUCUCGCUUCAACGAGCAGGCGAUGCGCAUGAACCGCGCCUUCCACGCACCCGCUCAUCGCCGAGCGGGAGGAGCGUCUCGGCGCGAUUUCCGCUCGUUCGCUGCCUCUUCUUGCGGCUCGUUCGCUUGCCCUGUCGCGCCGCCGUUCUCUGCGUCUCCUGCGUUUCCUCCAACCUUCGGCGGCCGAGGCGCCUCGGGCGGCUUGCGUCGCUUUUCCGCGGCCUCCCACGCGCCACCGGCGCCGCCGCCGCCUCCUCCCUCGGGCGCAGCAAGCUGCGCGCUUGUCCAUCGCGCAGAAAGGCCUCUGCCGCCGACCGCGGGCGCGUCCCCAGGCUCCACUGCCUCCGCGCCCUUCCUGCCGAGGCCCUUCGCGCCGCUGGAGACUGCUGCGCCGCAGCCGCACAUCCCUCCGCCGCCCGCAUUUCCGCCGCCGCCCAGGUCAGGGGGGGCGUCGUUUCCGCGCUGCCCGCCCCUGCCGCAGGCGCAGGCGCAUGCAGGCCGUGCGCGGGCGUCGCAGUUGGCGCAACAGCCGUCCCAUCGCAGCCGCGCGGAUCGCCGCGCGCUGCCUGAACGCCCCACGCCGGUCUCUUUGCGCGCCGCGGGAGGCGGCGCCCGCGGCGCGGGGUCGCAGGCGCCCUGCGCAGGAAGCGCGCAAGCUCGCCGCGACGCGUCGGCGUGUGCAGAAGAGCGGCCGUCAGGGGUGCGCCUCGCCGCGAGCUCGUCGCCUGCGCCUCCUGCCUCGAAGGCCGCCGCCGACGCCGCGCAGGCCCUCCUGGAGGAAGACCAGUUGCUUCUUUUGCUUCUCGACUCCCAGCGCUGCGCGGCGGGCGAGGAUGCCUCUCAGCCGGCAUCGCGCGGCGAGCGCGGCGUCUUUGCGCCUGCGUCCGCGCCGCUGCCGGCGGUGCUCACUUCAGUCCCGUGCGUGCGGAUGCUGGGCGCUGCGCAGCAGAAAGGCUGCGUCAGAGACGCGACGAGGGAGACGCCAGCCCCGGCGCUGGCCUGUUUUCGCCUCGGCGGAGACGCCAGGGGGGAAGGGAGUCGAUUCGACGCAUUCGCGCACGCCGAGGCGGCGCCCGCAGCCGUCUUUGGACAGCUCGCGGGGGGAGGGGGCGACGCAUCGAACGGAUUCGAAAGAGACGCCAACUAA